UCCAUGCGCCUUGUUGGGCUCACGUGACCAAAUGACAGGCAGCGCACAGAGAAGGGCACGAGCUCAGUGAAAGUUUGGUUGUGUCCUCGAGCUCAGUCUUGUGUUGUUUAGUGGUUUUUGGCGUGAUUUGUUUUAUUUAAGUCGCUUUUUUAGAGUCGGCUUGCAAAAAUGGCCGCCAGGACAGCUGCAGCUGCGAGACGGUCGACAUGGAGGAGCUUCUGUCCUUCCAGUCUCCGCUUAUCUGCAGGUAGCAGUCGGCUCUGCAGCUCCAAACAGGCAACCCAGAAGGACAAGCCAGUAAAUAGAUCUACGUAUAGACCAGAACCCAGCUCCACACAUGACUGGGUCGGUCCACCAAACCCGCUCUCCAGCCUACGGCCAAUUAUUUACCACAUCCCGGAGAAUGAAACAGAGCUGGAGAAACGGCUGAGAAACCUGAGGCAGGACACAGAGGACUGGAACCACAACUUCUGGGCCAAGCAGAACAUCACCUUCAGCAAGGAAAAAGAAGCUUUUAUCAUUUCACAACUGAAGGCAAAAGGCUUGACUCUGCGUGAUCAGGACGGACGACGGCGGUCCCUGAGCAGCGAAGAGAUGGCCACGUUUUACAAAAACUUCCUAGACAAAAACAGAGUACGACAUGCAAAUUACAACAAGGAAUGGUACAGACGUAACUUUACCAUCACCUUGCUCUUGGCUCGAGUCACCCUAAACAGUAUGUGGAGGACAGUUACUGAAAGACAGAGCAGCAAGAAAAACGGCACUCCUACUAGCUGAUAGCAAAGAAAAUACACACACCCCCACCCUCCUGUCAAAAUAUCAAAUGCCUUGGCUAUAUUUUUGUCACUUCUGUUACUGCUUCAUGUUUAUUCAGGCUCUGCAAAUGACUGUAAAUUAUUCUGGAAAAAAUAAAACAAAG